AUGAUUGGCGUAGAUUGCGCAGAAGUCGCAAUAUUUCAACGUCGUAUAUGCAGCGACUUCCUUGACUAUCUGCGAAUAUCCCUCGCGAAGCCUCUAAAAGAGCUCAGACGACGAGAGAGUAGGGUCUUUAGAAGAAGUGUUUUUCAUUCUGUACUCCAAGUCGUUAUUCCAAAUACGGCCUCAGAUCUGAGGGAACCAAAUUUUGCUGCGUCUGCGGUGAAGUUGAAGUUGCAGUUGGAAAUUGAAAUUGGCAAUUUCUCACGCGGUUUUCUAUGCUCAGGCAAUCCAAGUCUUGGGAACACUUUUACUUCAGAUUCUAUCUUGUGCGUCGGCAUAAUUUCGAUUCGUGUCUCGUUCGGUGGCGGUAUUGGGUUGAUAUUGGGUCCUGAAAAUUCCGGCACUGUCAAAAAGAAAUACUACAUGUGCCAUAUGAGACAGCGUACCUGUUGCCAUGUUAACUUUACAAGCUAUCAGAAGGACGACUCACUAGUGGGUGUGUUCAGUGGCAUUAUUACGGUCUGCGUUGCACCUGCCAAUGAGUCAAACCUGACCAGGGGAACAUCCGACACGAGUGUGUUUGCAAAGCCGGGAAAGUUCAUCAACGUAGAAGAGAUCGCCUUCUCUGCUCUGAAGAAAUGGGCGAGUAACAUGCCACGAAAAAAGGGGGCUGCACUUUCGAACUUUCUAAUCCCAAAUGCGAUUCUUGUUGGAAUGCAAUGGCCAACGCCUCCUCAGGCACAUAGGACAUCGCGGUACGGCAUUUCCACCAAGAAAUAG